CACAGGGAUACGCAAGAAACGCUCGCGGUUUUGGACCGGCUAGACUUGGAUACGGAGAAGCCUAGUGACGAAGAGAUGGCUCGAAAAUUCGGUUUCGAGGAGGCGUUCUUUCAGGGUAGACUCACCUGGUGGCAGCGGUUCAAGCCCCAGCUGUGGUCCAUGUUCGACGAACCGUAUUCGUCGAAUGCUGCCAAGAUCAUCGGCAUCGUGUCCGUGUUCUUCAUAUGCGUGUCGAUCCUGUCGUUUUGCCUGAAAACGCACCCGAACAUGCGGGUGCCGAUCAUCAAGAACAUCACGGUGAACACUUCGCACAACACGACCGCCUGGGUGCUGGACAAGACGCAGACGAACGCGCACGAGGCGUUCUUCUACAUCGAGUGCGUGUGCAACGCAUGGUUCACGUUCGAGAUCAUGGUGCGGUUCAUCGCGUCGCCGAACAAGUGUGAGUUCGUCAAGGCGUCAGUGAACAUCAUCGACUACAUCGCCACGCUGUCGUUCUACAUCGACCUGAUACUGCAGAAGUUCGCGUCGCACCUGGAAAACGCCGACAUACUCGAGUUCUUCUCCAUCAUCCGGAUCAUGCGGCUGUUCAAGCUCACCCGACACUCGUCCGGGCUGAAGAUCCUGAUGCAGACGUUCCGGGCGUCCGCCAAGGAGCUGACGCUGCUGGUGUUCUUCCUGGUGCUGGGCAUCGUGAUAUUCGCCAGCCUGGUGUACUACGCGGAGCGCAUCCAGGCCAACCCGCACAACGACUUCAACAGCAUACCACUCGGCCUGUGGUGGGCCCUGGUCACGAUGACCACCGUCGGUUACGGUGACAUGGCCCCGAAAACUUACGUGGGCAUGUUCGUGGGAGCCCUGUGCGCGCUGGCCGGUGUGCUCACCAUCGCCCUGCCCGUUCCAGUCAUCGUUUCCAACUUUGCCAUGUACUACUCGCACACGCAGGCCCGGGCCAAGCUGCCCAAGAAGCGGCGCCGGGUGUUGCCCGUCGAACAGCCCCGUGGGCCCCGGCUGCCCGGCCAGGGCCCGGCGCCCCAACAACAGAUGAACCAGCCCGGGUGCGGCAUGGGCGGCAUCGGCGUCGGCGGCGGUGGCCACGGGCCGUGCGCCGGCGUCGGCGGUCUGCCGCCGAACGUGGCCGGAGCGCCGGUCAACACGACGGGCGUGCCGGCCGUCAACCGGCGGAUGAACGCCAUCAAGAGCAAUCAUCCCAAAGACGGGGCGGGACCCAAAGUCGUUGGCGUUGCAAUGACGUUGAACCCGAACGGAGUGGGAGUGAAAGCCGAACCGGUGAUGUCCACAGGUGUCGGCGGCGUCGGCGGCCCGAGGAAACAGUCGGCCACGAAGACGUGAAUGGCCAUAAUGGCGGAUUGCGGCGACGGCCGUGGUAGCGGAACGUUUAUUCUAAAAUACGAGUGGAAAUCGAGGAUCAAAAAUCGUUUGUUAUUUUUUUUCGUUUUUAAGUUUCAUUGUUUUUCCAAAAACAAGACAAAAUACACUCCCGUUACGAUAUAAUAAUAAUAUGUAUUACCCAUGAUAUGAUAUAAUAUAAUUUGUAUUCCGAGUAUUAUUAUUAUUACUAUACGACGGCAGUUGUAGGUAUGCUAUCUAUAUUUAUAACAUUAUUAUUGCUAUUAUUAUUAUUAUUAUUAUUAACUUUAGAGAAACUCCAGUCCUGUCAUGAUGUACAAAUUUAUCUUUUAAUAUACUAUUAAACUGCACGCACACACAAAAAAACGACCAAAACACGACCAAGUAAUGUGUAUGCAUUAAUAUUUCUGACCAAAGAUCCACGACGUUCGGAGGUACCUACACGGGCAGCAGCCACUACUUAGUAGGUAGUUGGUAUAAUAUUUGCGCCCCCUCCCCCCCCUCUCAUCGUCAUCGUUAGAACAAUAAUAUUAUAGUACAGCCUCUCGUUGCCAUUGUAUGCGCAUCGAGUAACACGUGGUGUAAAUAUUUGAUUUUUGAUUUUUUUUUUU